CAAAACACAUUUAAAUUAACUUCCUAUUGAUAGUAACCAAUCGCCGUCAUUUGAAAAUGGAAAUAAGAACAUUAUAUUGUUACAUUUGUAUUAGUAGUGUUCUUACACCUUAUCUAGAUGCAAAACCUUUUUCACUCAACGACGUUAUUGCCGCAGAAAAAGCAACCCAACAUUCUCAAAAGAUCUUUGAAUCGCAUGAUAUCCCCCAAGGCAAGAAGAUAUCUUCUUCAAAGUAUAAAAAAACAUUUCAAAUUAAGACACCCUCAAAACCCAAGAAAUUAAAACAUUUACAAAGACCUCGAAAUAAACGUAAAAAAUUUACCUCAAAAAGAGAAAUUCAACAAAAUGAAAAACAUAAUAAGUAUAUACCUUUACUUAGAGAUAUUGGGAUGUUAUUUGACAAUAUUAUCAAUUCAGAUUCGAGCGAAACCUAUGACAUCAGAAAAUACAAAUACAAGAGAAAUCAAUUCAAUCCCAUGGACAGUGAUAAAGGAGCGUGCACCUGCGUCAGUAAACAUGAUCCAGAAAACAGAUAUUAUCCGAAAGAAAAGACAUAUACGACUUCUACCGCUGAAGUCGAGAAUGAGACUUCCAGCUCUGCCAUUAUUACCACCACGUCAACCUAUAAUUUUGCCAAUGAUAACAUCAGCCGUAUCGGACAGCAUAAGAACAUAUCCUCAUUACUUACAAGAGAUUCCUUUGGCCUUUGGAGAGACAAUAAUAGAUUCCGUGAGAGAAGCGGCUCCUCAUAUAACGGGAGCUCUGAAGGACAUAUCACCGGGUUUGGGAGAAUUAAUGAAUAUCUUACCGUCGACAGAGAAGGGGAACUCGAUAUACAAUACGAUGAAGAAAAUUCCAACAGCCAUUCACGAAACAAUACAAGUAGCUAUAGAUCCAGUGGAGAAAUACGACGAAUCAGCACAGUUUUCCGAAAUUCAAAGAUUUAUAGAGGAACCGACAAAACAAAAGAACUUGUUCUCUCGCCAAAUGAAACCAUUGAAGACGAUUCAAGAAACAUUCCUGAAUACGAAGGAGAUACUGAAUUCGAAAUUCGAAGAAACGAAACAGAAAGCCCAAUAUUUUUACCGGAAUUUACUUCAAGAUUACGAGAAUAUAACACCCAGGAGAAAAACUUAUCGACUCGAAUCGCCGAAUCUACUGAAAAAAUCUUCGAUAACACCAAUGAUAAACGACUCGUUAUCAGAAAUGGCUCAAAUACCGAGAAAAAUAAAGAAAAUCGUAGAACAGAUGAAGCAAUAAUACCCUAUUCUUCAUCAAAUUCCACUUUUCCCGUAGGUAAGGUUGUAAUGAUUUUUGAUGGUUACAGUGUAGCUAGGGAUGUUAAUGGCGAGAACAAAAGAAACGAGAAAGUCAUUCAUAUUCACUCAUAAAUAUUGUGUAAUAACCUAC